ACUAUAAACUAUAUGAACUUAUAAACUUAAGUGAUCAAAAGUGUGUUGUUUAAAUAGCUAAAGUACGAUGGACGCAUGGCGAAAUCACGAAUUACUUCAUUUUUUAAAGUGUGUCUUUUUGCGUGGUGUGCAAUGACCCAACAUAUAAUUGAGCUUCACGUGUUUGAUACGGCGAAAAUGUCUUAUACUGGUACCUUCACGAGCUCGGGAUAGGGAAACCAAAUUAUUGAAAAAAGUUGUCAUGCGCUCUGCUCAAAUAGUCCCCUAGUAUAGUAUUUAUAGUACAUUUGAAAUGUAUUACCAUUUCAUAAAUGUAUUUUAAAUAUCAGUGUAGGCUGCAUACAUAGUAUGGAUUAUUUCUGGGAGCGUGCACAUAUUUCAUUGAUUGCUACUGCUCUUUCAUGUUUCCUAUGUGUGCCCACGCGUCUUUUCUUUAAGACAUAUUUUCAUUCCACUGAAAAGUUGUGAUUAGUCAGAAACUAAAUCAAGGUCACCUAUAGAUACACAACACCUGCAAAACAGGAAUACAAAUACUAUUACUAAUGCCAAUGUAAACGGAAUGAAAGCUGGUAAAAUCUAUUGAAAAAUCUGCCUCGCCCAGCGUACCUCCGGAAAAGACUAGUAUUGUCGUAGGAUUUCUGCAUGAACACAAAUCUUCCUACCGUAGGAAGAUUUGUGUUCAUGCAGAAAGUGCUAUAGAGGCUAUAAAUACUUCGCAGCAUCAACCUUGACAAGGGAACUGUCAAAACAAGAGUUUCGUUUAGGAUUGUCUGGAUCUCCAGAUAUACGCCCUUGCAACAUUGCUUAGAUACGUGUAAGUCCUCGAAGGUGAAAUGUGGAGCGAAAAUACAUCCUUUUCUAUAAUAAAAGGGAAACAGAUACAUAGUGAUUCAUAAAACUGUGACUCAUAACUUGAGUAUUUUUCUCUUCCGUCCCUUCCUGCGUCUACAACUCCGAAGUUCGAAGUGUAGCUCCAGUUGGUUGCUAAUGAUCGUGUCGUUAAGCAAUGAGCUGAGUGACCUACUUUUCUCCAGUUCGCAGUAGCGAGCUCCAGCCAGCCCUGUUUACCAGGAUCAGCCUACGGAGGAUGUUCGCGCUGAGCCGGAGAGAAGAUUUCGCACAUCUGAACGUUCCUACUGAGUAAAACAGUAAAAGACGCAGCGUUUAUGUGCCGAGAAACUAGACCAGGUUUCUGCUUUUGUUUUAUUACAACCGUACAUGCUCGCAUAUUUCCAAAUCACUUAACAUAUUCACUGAAUUUGUCCGAAUGUCAUGUUAGGAAGUCGAGCUUACACUUGGGGCUAAUGUGGGCAGCGUUGGAAAAGGAACAUCGAUCUGAAGUAUGGGACUCCGAGCAAACCAAAUAAAUUAAAUCAAGGUCUGGGUCCUCGCGUGUGCGGCCGGCCGCGGUGGAGCAGGCCGAUCGCGGGUAGACGGGACGGCGCCGGGACGAGCGGUCUGAAUGGGACUCGCCAGACGCCAGAGAGAGCCCGGAUGGCAGCAGGAGUGAGGAUGGACAGCCUCGCCGAAUUCGAGAACCACUGCCCGCCUGGUCAGAGGGACUGGGAUUCCAGCAGCUGUGUGGAAGAUUUGCUGGAAGAAGAUGAGAAAGACCGGGCGAAACGGGCGUCGCGUAACAAAUCGGAGAAGAAACGUCGCGACCAGUUCAAUGUCCUCAUCAAGGAGCUGUGCACCAUGCUGCAGAGUCAGGGCUACCCCCGCAAGAUGGACAAGUCCACCAUCCUGCAGAGAACCAUCCACUUCCUGCAGAAGCAGAGAGAGCUCUGUGCCCAGACGGAAUCCUGCGAGAUCCAGCAGGACUGGAAGCCCUCGUUCCUUAGCAACGAGGAGUUCACGCAGCUGAUGCUAGAGGCUUUGGAUGGUUUCCUGAUAGCACUUACAACGGAUGGAAACAUAAUAUAUGUUUCAGAUAGCGUUUCCUCCCUGACCGGCCAUUUGCCAUCAGAUAUGGUGGAUCAAAAUAUCCUGAACUUUCUCCCUGACGGUGAACACGGCAGUGUCUACAAGCUGCUCUCCUCUCGCGUGAACAUGACUGACCCUGUCUCCGCCCCCUUCUUGGAGAAUGACACACAUGUUGAGUUCUGCUGUCAUUUAGCCAGGGGGAACGUUGACCCAAAGGAACCCCCUACGUAUCAUUAUGUGAAAUUUGUUGGAGACUUCAAGUUUCAUAAUUGUGUACCUACUUCCUCCUGUAACGGUUUUGAGCUGGCCAUACCCCACUCGCUGCAGUCGUCUCUCGAAGAGCAGGUCUGCUUGGUCGCCACCGUCCGGCUCGCCACUCCGCAGUUUCUGAAGGAGUUAUGUAAUGUAGAAGAGCCGUGUGAGGAGUUCACAUCCAGGCACAGUCUAGAAUGGAAGUUCCUGUUUUUAGAUCACAGAGCAUCACCUAUAAUAGGCUACUUGCCCUUUGAAGUUCUGGGAACGUCUGGUUAUGAUUACUACCAUGUGGAUGACCUGGAACUUAUUGCGGAGUGUCAUAAACAGCUAAUGCAGUUUGGGAAGGGGAAAUCCUGCUAUUACCGCUUCCUGACCAAGGGCCAACAGUGGAUCUGGCUGCAGACUCAUUACUACAUCACCUACCACCAGUGGAACUCCAAGCCUGAGUUCAUCGUGUGCACGCACACUGUUGUCAGCUAUGCGGAGGUGCGGGCGGAGCAACGGAGGGAGCUGGGUAUGAUGGAGACUUCAUCUGAACUUGCCCCCUCCUCCUCCAUCAAGAGCCAUGACGUGUACCUCGACAUCCGUCCUGAGACGACCCAGGAAAGUGUGGGCAGGGCUUGUUCAGUCUCCUCCCACAGCUCCCGAAAGUCUUCUCACACUGCCAUGUCUGAUUCGGCAUCAAAUUCCUCCAUCCGGUACGCAGAGACCAGUACCCCUUCACGCCAGUCCAUCGCCGUGGCAACAAACAAGGCCCUGCCCAGACCCCAACCCAACAGCUCCAAGACUUUACUACAGAGUCCGACCUCAAGCAGCCUGCACCCCACGCCCAGCACCCCCUUGUCCCCCCCCUGCAGUGGCCUUCAUCCCCAACCCAGCACCCCCCUGUCGCCCCCCUGCAGCCAGCACUCUCCCAUGCAGUCGCCGCUGGGGGUGAUGCACCAGCUGAAAGAGGAGUUGGAGGAGAGAACGCGAGUCUUGCAGGACGACAUCAAGACCCAGCAGCAGGGCCUGCAUCACAUUAAGGAACAGCUGCAGCUCCUGCAGAUGUUGUUACAGAAGCCCCAGGAUGUGAGCCCAGUGCACCAGGCCCAGGCAGUACACUCAGGCCCUGGCAGGUCCCAGCAGGGGGUCAGCCCCUCCAAGCAGUCUGCCCUGGGGCAGGAGCACCUGUGCAGCCCCCCCGGCUCCUCCUCGGCCCUCUCUCUCAGCACAAACUCCACUCAGGUGCAGAGGUCAGUGGGGAGUGUCCAGAUGCAGGUGUCCGGCCUACCGAUGCAGACCCACACCAGUAUAGCCACGCCCCUCUACAGCAACCCCGCCCCCUUCCCCUCACACUGUCCUGCUGCUCCAGACCUCAGCCAAAGACACCCCGAUUUCAGCCCCGAGGGGCAGCUACGAAUGCUGCUCAACCAGCCAAUCCAGUCCCUGAUGCCAGACAGCACCAUGAGCUCACCGGCCUCGCAGUACAACACGGUGCUUCAGCCAACCAAAUACACCGUGGAGCCGCAGACGAUGACGGCGUCUCUCCCACAGCUCAGCUGCAGCGCCCUGAUCGUUCCCCCCUUCAUGAUCUCCCACAAUGGCUUCUUCACCCCCCAGCCACAGCCCACCCACGCCCCCCAGCAGCCCAUACAGCUGCAGCAGCAGCACUACUUUCAGAUGCAAGCUCCAGGGAUGCAGACCCAGGCUCUCUUCCACACAGCUCAAGUACCACAGCAAAGCACCAUGGGAUACAUUCAGCCACAACAACAGCAGCAGCAGCAGCAGCAGCAGCAGCAACAACAACAACCGCAGCCACACCGGCAUACGCUAAACCAGACUGGCAACCUUUCAAGUAUGCAGCUCCCACGAUAGCGCCCCCCUCAGGGACCAGACUGCGACUGCACUGCCCCUGGAGGGGUGCAAAGGGAUGCCUGGUUGAGCCGGUCCCUAGAACGAUGCUUGCGUUCACCGUGGCAACCGCCCCUCACAAACAGUUUCAGAACCCAUCAGGAGUGGCCUUACUUUGAAUAAGGUACAUUCUGUCUCCGCGUCGUUUUAUUGAUACUAUUAUAAUUCUAGUUUUCUUUAAAACAGGUGCAUUUUUUGUGCUUGUUUUUUGUGUUAUAUGGCAGCAGGAAAUGGGGGAGGGGUGGAGCUCUAACUUGGGGAGCCAGUGUUGAUGUGUGGAGCUGUUUUCCUGAGGUCAAAAAAAAAAAAACAUUGUGCUUUUUGUAAACAACCAGACUAGAUCACCGUGACACCCAGUGUUCCAUAAACACAGUAUAAAAAAAAAAAAACAUAAAACAUUACAAGCACAAAUAAUCACACUUUUUGCUUUGGUCUGCUUAAAGUAGACAGGAGCAGCAUCCAAUACAAUUGCCAGAACGCACUUUAAACACACUAAUUAAUACACGCUACUUAAAAUACACGGUCAGUUCAGUCGUUACGUCUACUUGUGUAAAAAUGUUGGUCUGUAAGAUCAAGGGGAAAGCGUCUGAGAUGGUUCUGAUCAAAUAAACCAUUGCUGGAAUCAGCGUCUCAUUUCUCCAUGCAACUCUCCUCAUGGUCCUGAUUAAGAACAUUUUCUUUGAAAAUGGGGUCUGUUUUAUUAUUUUUAAAAGUCAUCGUUAGAAAGAAAGAUUAAAAAUAUGCGAUGAAUGGAAAUCCAUGCUUCAAGACUCUUGAAGUUCUUACUGCUGGGCUGCACAGCCAGGAGUGUGGCAGCUUGCUUCGAUAUUCACAUUUUACUGUGAAAUAAUAGUCUUUUUUUAAUUCAUUUUUAUUUUGGGUCUGCUGUGCGCUACGGUUACAGUGCAGAAGGGGUGCAAAGGCUAACAUUGGCUUGUAAAUGGCUGCUUGGAGAUUAGACUAGAGGCUGUGCAACAGAAUUGCGGCCAAUUCCAUUUUUAGUCUAUUUCAGUUCCAUUUCAAUUUCAGAAAUGAAUUAAUUCAUCAGUUGAGAAAAUCCUGAAAUAACUUUGUGGCCAUUUUUGAAUUCACAAAAUGAAUUUCAGUUAAUUUCCUGAAUUGACUGAAUUGAAAUGUAAUUGACCCAGGCGAGUCUGGCUUAAAGGCUUUUCAGGUUUUGAAACUGGUGUUAUUUUGUCUGGGUCAGUGCACCCUCUGCUGUUUGGGGUCAUGGAUUUAUUUGGAUCUUUUCAUGGAAAAGUAGUAGAUUGUGCUCCAUUUAUUGUGUGCACCUUCACUGGAGAAAAAGGUUCUCAGGCUAUGUGUAGUCCCAUGAAGUUUCAUUGCAAGCCCAAGCACAGCAUGCAGGCCUUAUGCAGUCCUUGUUCACUGUCUGGAGGCAGGUUUACAGUGUUGGCUGAGGCAAUGGUGGAAGGUAUUCCAAUAUGUACCCUUGUGUUUUGUUACGACAUAAAUAUAUGAAACAUAUUUAGAAAUGAUCUUAAUCGAUCUUUAAAAGUAAUAUAACAUCAAUAUGGUUGAUGAAUAUCAAUUUUAGAAGCAUCAGGAAUGUUACAUGGCUGGUUCUGUUUUAUGUAUCUCUCUCUGUCUCUCUCUCUUUCUCUCUCUCUCUCUCUAACAGACUCACACAAUACAAAUUGCUUUUCAUCCAACAGGUCUGUUUAUGUUUUCUGCAUAUCAUUACAUUGCAACCUUCCAUGAUAAUUAGAUUUUUUUUUAAAAAUUGAUUCUAAUGGUAAAUAUUAAUUUUAUAGCAUGUAUGUGCGUGCGUUUCCUGUGUCUGUAUUUGCCUCGUUUUGUUUCUCAAAAUGAUUUCCAUACGCGGCAGAACAUUCCUCGUUAAGGUUUAAUUUAUGUGGAUUGUGUUCAUAACUCAAGAGUGGAGGCUGAUUCACGAAUGGUAAUUAAAUUUAGUUACAAAUUUAUCAAUUUCAUUGGAUUUUAAAUUAGCCAAAACGAAGUUUGAGUCAUAAAUAGUAAUUCAGUUGAGUCAUGAAUGGCUUUAAACUCUCAUGCGUGCACACGUGUGCCCAUGUUUCCUCCUGCCUGGCUGUCUGUGAUUGGCCCUCACCGACCCAGUGAUUCAUCCUGUCCAACACACUCCGUCUCCUAGCAGCUGAAUAAAAAAACUCUCUCUGUCCAGGGAAAAGAUUUUGAAAGAUAUAUAUCUAAAGAAUGUUUUAACUUCUGAUUUGAAAAAGGAUGUAUUAAGACAGGUUUUAAUGUAUAAAAGAAAGACAGAAUUAUUUAAUAGCCUACAAUAUGUACUGUGUAAAUGGGAUUUAAAUAUUUUUGUACAGAAAUAUCUGGAACAUUCCUUUGACCCUGUUUGUGUGUGUGCGCGUGCGUGUGCGUGUGCGUGUGUGUGUUUGCGUGUAUUUGUGUGUGUUUGUAUUUGGGUGUGUUUGUAUGCAUAUGAGAUGUAUCAAAGGCAACCUUAUACAAUUUCUUGGUUUCUCGUAAAUGUAUAUACACAUAAAAACAUAAAAUAACUUGACAUAUAGUAGGCUCCUGCCAAUAUCACCUCACUGAUUAUACUCUUCAAGAAUGGACGGCCUUUAUUCUGGUCUCCAUACAUUAAAAACACAUGAUCUUUAACUUCUUGCAACACAGUGUAUUAAUUUAGCUAAAAUUAGAAACUUUAUAUUUUUAUACUUUCCCCCAUUAAUAUAUUCAACCCUAAGCAACCCUAAAUAUUUAGUUUGCUUUUAAUGUGCCUCUGUUGUGUGACCAUGAAUAAUCUAUUUUGAUUUUGUAAUUUUGAUUUGUAAAUCACUUUUGAUAUCCAAAGAGGUCAAAUACAAGAGAAUGAUAGUCACAUUGUACUAGUUCCAUAAAUUUUCCAUAGAAGCAAUUGUGUGUAAAACUGAAUUUUAAAAAGAAACACAGACAUAGUCACAGAUCAAAGAGGAAGAAAGAGCAUAUUGAGUUUAGAAUCUGCACAUUAAUCAUUUAUAAUUUUAUUGUUAGUACAAUGUUCAACAGAAAGCUAGCCUAAUAAGACAGUUUAACUAGUCUAUGACACAACACACCAUAAAAUUGGAAGCCUUGUUAAAGGGUGCAUUUGUUUGAGUGAUGUGUGUGCUUUAGCGAUUUGCUGAUACUUUUAGUGAUGCACUACUUCAGCAAUGUGCUGCUUCAUGCCCCUAAUUCCUCCUCAUUUGAGUUAAUAGUAAACUUUGAGCCAAGGUCUCUACAACUGACUAGUUGGUGCAUCAACAGACCGGACAGCAUUUUACAGGUGACAAGAUUGUUUAAAACAGGCCACUCAGGCUAUGUAGGCUAUUCACUUACAGACUAGAGAGUAUACAGCACUGUAUCAGGCCUGGACUUGAAACCCAAGUGUCUGUGUCUCCAUUAUAUGACCUGGAAGUAUGUUCCAUUUCCCUGAAAAUAAAUACUUCCUGAUAGCAGUACAAAAUCUAAUUUCCACCUAUGCUCUCUUAUUCAGCUGUCAAACUCAACCUUAAGUGUCUUUUGUUAUCCACUUUAUUAGUACCUUUUUAAACUGUAUAAACCUCAAUCAAAUACUGAAGCUAUUCAUGUUAAUAUGCUACUUGAAGGAAUUAUGAAAUAUGUGAGAGUUAUCAAGCCUUUUGGUUGUCAGUGUGACCUCUGCUUGAGCAAUGAAACCGGGAGUGGUCAAAACUAUGUUUCUGCUUGUUUUCUGAAGAAAUAAUGAGAUGGAAACGCUUCUCGUAAUUUCUCCACUAUGUGAAGCAGGGUUGCUUCAGUAAGGUACCGUCCUCUUGUGCUGCAGUCAAAUAAUUUGUCAAUUCACAGCUUUUCAUUUUAAUUUGACAGCAUGACAGAGCUGAUUUCAUCUUGCCGCGGAAUGCUUUUUUAGUGCAAUUAUUAUUGUGAUUUUACAUCUAAUUUCAGCACAUAUUUCCUUGGUCUCGUAAAAAAAAAAAAAACUUAAAA